AUGGCCCGACGCGGUAAGAGCGCGGGGAGGACGCUGGAAGACCUGACGCUGGACUCCGGGGUGGACAGCCGCGUGGCCCUGCGCAUCCACGAGCACGCCGCCAUCUACCUGGCCGCCGGCAUGGAGAGCCUCUUCCGAGACGUGCACGCCCGGGUCCUGGCCCUGUCCCUGCCCCAGCCGCGGGGCUCGGCGGCCGCGGCCGACAAGGACAAGGAAAGCAGCGGCAGCGGGGAAGCGCCCCGCUUCACCCUGGAGGCGCUGGAGCAGACGGUCAGCAACGACGCGGAGCUCUGGGGCCUCCUGCAGCCCUACCAGCACCUCGUCUGCGGCAAGAACGCCAGCGGUGUUCUCUGCCUGCCAGAGAGCCUGAAUCUUCACAAAGACCAACAAAGGUCAAAUAAACCAGGUGAAGUCCAGAUGUUUAACCAGUCGGAGUUAAGGACCAUCGAGCAGUCCUUGCUUGCUACACGUGUGGGAAGCAUUGCCGAACUUAGUGACUUGGUGUCUCGAGCAAUGCAUCACCUCCAGCCUCUCAAUGCAAAGCAGUACGGCAAUGGGACUCCUAUGCAUCACAAGCAGGGGUCGCUCUACUGGGAGCCUGAGGCUCUGUACACUCUCUGCUAUUUUAUGCAUUGUCCACAGAUGGAAUGGGAAAACCCUAAUGUCGAACCUUCAAAAGUCACACUUCAGAAUGAAAGGCCAUUCAUCGUGCUGCCACCCCUGAUGGAAUGGAUAAGGGUUGCCUUGGCCCAUGCAGGGUACCGUCGUAGCUUCUCCGUGGAUAGCGAUGAUGUACGGCAAGCAGCAAGGCUCUUGCUACCCGGAGUUGACUGUGAGCCUCGACAGUUAAAAAUGGAUGACUGCUUCUGUGCUUCUCGAAAACUGGAUGCAGUAGCCAUAGAAGCUAAGUUCAAGCAGGAUUUGGGAUUCAGAAUGCUGAAUUGUGGUCGAACAGAUCUAGUUAAACAGGCCAUAUCUUUGCUGGGGCCAGAUGGCAUUAACAGCAUGAGUGAACAGGGCAUGACUCCACUGAUGUAUGCUUGUGUCAGGGGUGAUGAGGCUAUGGUGCAGAUGCUGCUAGAUGCUGGAGCAGAUUUGAAUGCGGAGGUUGUCAGUACUGCUCAUAAAUAUCCAUCCGUCCACCCCGAGACCCGCCAUUGGACAGCUCUGACAUUUGCUGUGUUGCAUGGACAUAUUCCUGUAGUUCAGCUGUUGCUGGAUGCUGGAGCAAAGGUAGAAGGUUCUUUGGAACACGGAGAGGAAAAUUACUCUGAAACGCCAUUGCAGUUGGCAGCAGCUGCAGGAAAUUUUGAACUGGUUAGCUUGCUGUUGGAGCGAGGCGCUGACCCCAUGGUAGGAACAAUGUACAGAAAUGGAAUUUCCAUGACUCCACAAGGUGACAUGAACUCUUUCAGUCAGGCUGCUGCUCACGGACACAGGAACGUGUUUCGUAAACUGCUUGCUCAGCCAGAGAAAGAGAAGAGUGAUAUUCUUUCCCUGGAGGAGAUCCUGGCUGAGGGAACUGACUUGGCAGAUGCAACACCAUCUCCUCUGUGUGCCAGCCGCAAUAGCAAGGCCAAACUGAAGGCACUGAAGGAAGCUAUGUAUCACAGCGCUGAGCAUGGAUACGUGGAUGUAACUAUUGACAUAAGGAGCAUAGGUGUUCCAUGGACACUGCACACCUGGUUGGAGUCUUUGCGAACAUCCUUUCAGCAGCACAGAAGGCCUCUCAUCCAGUGCUUGCUAAAGGAAUUUAAAUCCAUUCAGGAAGAAGAGUACACUGAGGAACUCAUCACACAAGGCUUGCCCUUGAUGUUUGAAAUACUGAAAGCAAGCAAGAAUGAAGUGAUAAGCCAGCAGCUGUCUGUCAUUUUCACUCAUUGCUAUGGACCCUAUCCAAUUCCAAAGCUUGUUGAAAUCAAACGGAAGCAGACCUCUCGUUUAGACCCUCACUUUCUUAAUAAUAAAGAGAUGUCAGAUGUCACAUUCCUGGUGGAAGGAAGGCCUUUUUAUGCACAUAGAGUAUUACUAUUUACUGCAUCCCCAAGGUUUAAAGCACUGCUGUCUAGCAAGCCCCCAGCUGAUAGCACUUGUAUUGAGAUCAACUAUGUGAAGUACCCCAUAUUUCAGCUGGUUAUGCAGUAUCUUUAUUAUGGAGGUGCAGAGUCACUUCUGAUUAAAAAUAAUGAAAUAAUGGAGCUUCUCUCUGCUGCCAAAUUUUUCCAGCUUGAAGCUUUACAGCGACACUGUGAAAUCAUCUGUGCAAAAAGUAUCAAUACAGAAAACUGCGUGGAUAUUUAUAAUCAUGCCAAGUUUCUUGGAGUCACAGAACUAUCUUCCUAUUGCGAAGGCUACUUUCUAAAAAAUAUGAUGGUCCUCAUUGAAAACGAAGCUUUCAAACAGCUGUUGUAUGACAAGAAUGGAGAAACAUCUGGUCAAAACGUACUGCAAGACUUACAGAGGACGUUGGCAACAAGGAUUCAGUCGAUUCAUUUGUCUUCUUCAAAGGGCUCCAUUGUAUAAAGUUCAGGAAGGAGAUAACACUCAGAAAAGACCCUGCAAGUUAAGUCUCCUGUUGUAGUUCCUUAAAUGUAAACGAAAAAUUCCAGUUUACAUUGGAAUACUUUUUGUUGGCCAAAGAUGCUGCUUUUAGGCUGCAGCCUCACUUGGAAGUGGGAAAAUGGUAUAUAAGGCUCCCACACAUUUUUGAGUAACAAGGAUAUAACACUUUUCCAUGAAUUGCUGUUAUGUUCAAGUCGGAACACAAAAGUGUGAUCACGGAGCUAAUGCCAACAAAAGCCAGAACACACACCGCUGAACAGCAGAAGCUUCUGCCCAAGCAACGAUGCCAUGGAACACUUAAACUGACCAGUCAGUCAUUUAAGGUUAUUUUGUUCCACAGGGUUAUACGUCUAAGAACCGUGUUGUAUCUAUCCCAAAGCCCAUUAUAUUGUGCAGUUAAGAAAUGUAAGAUCUGUUACUUGCUGUUUAGCUAGGGUCGAAUGUGUUAGGGAGUUGGUAAGACUGUUAUAACUGAGGAAAUAUACUGGCAAAUUUUUAGGGGUGGGAACUUUUUAAAAUUGUUCAUAAAAACGGGGUGGCCUUGUAGAUUAAAAUCUAUUUCUUCAGCUUAAACUUUUCAUUUUCAACAGAUUUGUGUCUGAGAAUCUAUGUAACAUGUUUUGUUUUUCAAAUGGUAAAAUGUACACUGUAUAAACAUAUAUAUGACCAGGUUUUACUUGUAUUCUUUCCUAACAUGGUAUAAUCUUGCCUAAAUGGCUAUGGUUACACCAAAGAGGUACAUUUCCGAGAUAUUUCUAAUACAGUAGUUGAGGGAAAAAAACUGCAUGCUAAUUGUGAUUUGGGAUUAAAAAACAACAACAAACUCAACAUGCAUUUGCAUGGUAACUGUACCUGUGAAAUGUUACGUUUGUGCUUCGUUUUUGCCAAGACAGAUUCAAUGUUACUUCUUGUCAAACUCCAUUUGUGAACUCAGCAUUUUUGCAUUCUCUUUUCUUGGUGCAAAUCAUAUGGAUAGAACUCCCCAGAGACGCUUUGGAAGAUGAUGAUUUCUGUGCGUUACAUGGAAGAGUUAAUACCAGACUCUUACUCUAGUAAUACGUGGAUACUUUGCUAGUGGCCAGAGAUUGUGAAAAAGUUAAGGGUUUUUUAAUUGUUAUUAAAUAUGUACUAUAGAAUGAUUUUUCAUUGUAUCUUAAGAAUGUAUAGGUUACCUAUAAAGGAGGUGUUUUGUGUCAGGGCUCAAUUUAUUUUGCAGCAUAUUGUUAGCAAAAGAAACCUGUCAAGUGCCACAAUAUUCCUGACACUUUGUAUUUGAAUGAUUCCUUUCAUUAAUUAAUUGAUCCAAAGCAUAGUAAAGAACAGGAGAAAGUUGCUAUCUUUUCUGUGGCAAAAUUACAUUAAUGUAUUUAUUUUUAAGCAUGGCUUUUUAAAUUGUGCCCAGGUCAUAGAUUUUUAAAAGCUUUAAUUUGACAAUGCAUGGUAACUCCUUGGUCUUUUGUUAGAGUACUUCUGUCCGGUGCUAUUUCACGUUUAUAGCUUUUGGAAUGAUCAAAAAAUAUAGUUUUCACAUUAGUUAUCAACAUGGUAGGAAGCAGUUUUAUUAUACUGAUCUGUAAUUCCUCCUGUAUGCUUGAUCAUUUUAAAGCCUAUACAGUAUCUGCAGCAAAUUACAAAAUUGCCUAAAUGUCCAUUAAUGUCACAGAGAGACACAGCAUGUCAACCUAGCAAUCAAUUAUUAGACCAUUUUUUUCUGCAUAGUAUAUGUCAUAAGAUGUUGCCUGGAACAUUUAACUAAUGGCAACUUACUUUUCUGUGAAUGUUGCAAUACUAGAGAAGCAAGAACUUGAUCAAUGUGAUUGCAGCUCUAGGGGGUGUUUAUUAUAGUUUGGUGUGCUUCCUUGGCCAUAGAAACCCAUUUUUCCACAUUGGUAACAAUCUAAAUAAUAAGAAAAAACCUUGACGACCAGCUUAAGGCUUUAAAAUUGCAAAAGCUCUAGAAUUUCAUCCAGUAAUCAGUUUGCUAACUUCUACCUAUAGAUGCACAUAGAGAAGUCAAGUUACAUGGAAGAGCUUCAUGCAUGUGACAGGAUUUAGCUCUCUGGGAAGUAAAAGCACAGGUUUAAGUUCAGCUAGCAGUCUGAUAUCCAACAUGAUGGUAAUUGCUCAUGCUGCAUUGUCUUUGGAGCGUUAAUGAUGUCUUCAGGUAUUGGCAAUGUAGUACAGAGCUGUGUUCUGAGUUAUUUUGUGAUAGCCCACAUGGAAUAUAGAUGGAUGUGCAGAAACUCAUCACAAAAAGGUAUGACCUCUUUUGGCAGUUUCAGAGAGAAAUCGAAGGCCAUAGAGGAAUAGAGAGUUCACUCCCAUCUUGUCCAGAGAUGUGGUCUCUCCAGUUUAGGAUUGAGACAUGAUGGAAAGACACCAUGGGUAAGCAUGCACUGAUUUUGUGUUGUACAUCCUGCUGAUAAAUAGAGGUCUUCAUUUCUGCUCUUUUCAUCACAUCUUUCAAGAGCAUUAAAUUUGUCCAAGUUUUCUUAUAGAAACGCAAUCUGUUCUCUGAUUUGUAAAUGGAGGAUGAGAUGGGAGUUGUGCAUAGACAUCAGAGGACAAAAUCAGACACAAAAUCAAAUGGAAAACAUACAUCUUUGACUGCAGUAGGGUUGUGUCAGCCCAUAGAUUUGUGCGUUCCUUCAGCUUUUUAAGGCCUGUUAACCUGGAACACUGAGCAUGAUAUAAUACUUGCUGUUCCAUGGUAUAAAGCUUCAAAUUUAACUUACUGCUGCCACGAGAUGCAUUUUGCUGGUCUUAGUUAAGCAUGUACAGGAGAAAAAGACUAUAAUAGUCUAUGGGACCAAAGAUGCUCCUGAAAGAGGAUUGUGGCUAUUGAAUUAUGAGACAAUGCCUGUUGCUGUUAAAGAUACUGUAAGCAGUGGGUCUAGAUUCACCAAAUAUCCUGGAUCCCGCUGAACUCCAUAAUACAUAGUAUUAGAUUCCAAGUGCAGAGCUGCCCAAUGCAUCCAACCAUGUGAAAACUGUCAUCAUUUCAGUGGAGGUCUUUGUGAUUAAUUUUAUCCAAAAAAGCAGUUAAAAUGCUUGCCAUUUCCUGUGAAUAUGACCUUAUUAUAUAUGGUCUUACAGAAUGACCCCUUUUACCAAAGCAAUGGAUAUGAGUAUCCUUUAGAAAGGCAGUGCUAACUUUUUAGUCAAUGAAAACCAUAGGAUCAUUUGUCUCUUCGCCACUUGUCAUUAUUUCUCAAAUUUGGGGAAGAAUUCUUUCCUCCCCUCCUUAACUGGGAGAACUUUUCCAGUUCACCCAGUUUUUGAUGAACUAGAAAUGUUUAUAAAAUCUUUUAGAAAAAAGUAUGUGAUUAUUUUUUCAGUCAGAACUUCUCAUCCUGCAGCUCUCUCUGGGGCUUUUCAUUUUUGUUUUUAUAUGGCUCUUUAUCAUUGUGCCUCCAUGUUGCUCAAUUUUUUCCUGCUCCACAGGCCAAAGCCCCUUCCAUCCUCUAAAAACAGCUGCCAUCCAGAUGUUAUCCACAUUGGAAGAAGGACAUUUUUCUUGGGGCUGAGCCUUUUUGCAGUCUAAUAGUUUGCAUACACAGGCCCACUUCAUUCAUGAACUUGUGCAAAACAUAAUUAAAGGCAUAGUGAAAAUAUUCUUAGUGAUGUGUGAGGAAUUAGUGGCAAAACUUUCACUGUUGUUGUUCUGCUAAAUCUCUACAUGGCACUUCAAAACUGACCCUGUUCUUGUUGAAGAUCUUCUGACCAUUUGCUUGAUACCAAAUAUUGCACUAGUCUCUUAAAUAUAUUAGGAUGUGUGGUGCAUUAGGGAGACUUUCAGGAACCUCCAGUCAACUGCCAAUAUGUAGCAUGUGGUGUUAUGUUCUUUGAAGAUUAAAAAUAUUCCCUCAAUUCUCACUGAAAUGAGCUACACUAAAAUAAUACAAUCAUAGACACACAGGACUGAAAAGUGGCCUCAGGAGGUCAUCUAGUCUACCCCCUGAUCAAGGCAGGAUCAUCUUUGUCUAAGCCAUCACAGACAAAUGCCUGUCUACUGUACACCUAAAAUCUUCUAAUGAUGGAGCACAGCAUCUCUAGGUAACCUGUUCCAUGACUUAAACGAAGACCUUCGUGA